UAAGAGUGAAUGACUGACAGUCGCCCCUUUAACAUAGUAAAUACACUCCCUAACACUCAGUGAACCGGCAAGUUGAAUCCCCAAAAUUGAGUUUCAACAAAAACAAAUUACUGUAAUUUACCAACCGGUGUAGAACAGCAGGACUACAGAGAGAGGUUUAAAACACUUUAUAGAAACAGGAGUAACCUACGAUUUCAACGAUGUGCAUACCUCGCUGUGAUUGGCUAACACUGACUACGUAGUGAAUUACCUGGGACAAGGUGCAGUUGAACACGACAUGACCAGACUGAACAUCAACGGCGCGUAUGUUAUCAACUUCACUUCAGGGAUUUAUUCAUUGGAAAGACUUUUAACAUAACGGUUUCUAGAAUUUCAUUGACUUUCCAGACGGGCACCUCUGAAAGAAACAGUGGGUUUCCAAACACAGGCAGUCUAGAGUCCACAACCCAACUUCCCCUCUACCAUGCCAAAGAGUGACACGUGGCCUGGUGGCAUCACCAUGGAGACCAUGGCUGGCAUGGACAGCGCGGGAAGUUGUGACAGUGUGGUCAGCAUGAACUCGAGUUACAGUGACGACAGCCUGGAGCAUCUCUCUGCUGAGGAGAAGGCCUGCCUCAUGUUCCUGGAGGAGACUAUCGAGUCCCUCAGCACCGAGGAAGACAGCGGAUUGUCCAAUGACGAGCCAGAUCGUCUGCCCACCCCCGGCAACUUGGCUAACAAGAUGGCCAAUCUCUCAGCCUCCAUGGGGCAAAGCAAGCUUUACAAUGUAUCCAGACAUACCUGUGACCAGCCAGCCAGGGAAGGUAAGCCAUCUGAGCCAGCGUACAGCUACCUGGUUCCCACCCCCCUGGUCAUGGCCAACAUCUCCUCCAGCCUGCAGCCCAAGACCAGACCAGGCCUGGAGCCAAACAAGGAAAACUUCCAACCCGGGUCCAAGGCCUCAUUCUCAGUCACCAAGCCCAGGUCGGGUCAAUGUGGGGUCCCGUCCGAGGUGAACGUUGUGGUGGUCCCUCCUCCCACCAAAGUCCGGGGCCCUCCAGGAGGCCCUGAGGUGGGGUUACCCCGAGGCCCUCUGUCCUAUGAAGCUCUGGUCCAGCUGAGGAAGAGUGCCUCCAUGAAGAGAGCUCCCGACAGCCCCGGAGCUGACCCCUCCAGAGACAGGAACAAACAGCCGUCGGGUCCCACCACACCCUUGCAGGGUCACCAUGGGAGCAGCCACCCCACGACCCCCUCUGACCCACAUCCCCAAAAGCCCAUCAGGUCCAACCCCAGUCCACCGGUCGUGGCUCCCAAGCCCCAAAGAAUGCCCUCCCGGAGUCCCAAGGAAGUAGCAGCUGCCUCUCCCACCUCAGACUCACUGCAGAGUGAGAGAGUGAGGAAGGAGGCCCUGCUGAAGCUGGGGCUCCUGAGAGACAGCACGCCAGAGCCCAAGCGUGUGGACUCCUCGCUCUGCCCUCUCAAGUCCCACUCUUACUGGGACCUCUCUGCUCACAGCGUCCUUAAAGAGCCAGGCCUCAGCAACCCGGGACAAGGCCAUCCCUUCUCCUACAUCCAGGGUUCCAGGGAGGCCCUGUCUAAGCCCCGGCCAGUGCAGAGCAGCAGCAGUCUCCUUCUCCAUCGCUCCAGGAGCGAGGAGCCUGCCGCACCCCUCUCACACCCGCUGAGACCCAGCGGGGUCAAGGCUGCCACCCUGGAGCGCUCCGGGGUCGGGCUGGGAAGCCAUGCCACUGAGCAGAGCGUCCCCAAGCCCCUCUCUGAUGCCCUGAGCAGCCAGAGGAAGGCUGGAUGUGGUCCUCCAGUUGGCUCAAGCAAAGCCCCAGAAACGGUCUCUUCCACUGCUGCUUCUGCCAAGCACGGGGCCCAAAAACCUGCACAGCUGGUGGGGUUCAGUGUGGUGAGGGUGCCCAACAUGGGAGAGGAUAGAAAGCAGGCCCUGAGGAAACUCGGCCUGCUGAAAGACUAGUGAAGGGUUCCUACACUUCAGACUUGGGUGAGUGUCAGACAGGAACAGGAAGAAGACUUUUGGGGCCAGUUCGCUUUUAAGUCCUUGAAAUUAUACUUUGAGCUUUGAACACACACCCAGCUCAUUUCAAUCAGCCAGCACUUUCAAUUGACUGUCAGUUACUUGUACACUACUUUGUUCAGUUGAAAGUCAGGAAAAAGGUUAUCUCAUGAAUGAGAUUAUUGAAAGAAUGGUAUUUCAAUUGUUCUAAUGUAAUUUGCUUUAGCUGUAGAAUAAUCAUUGUGUUACAAAAUAUCUUCAUAUGACCAAUUAAUAGAAAAGAAAAUACAAACUGACACUGUUAAAAUGAAUCCAAAACAUGUUUAUAUAUUUUUUUUUUAUGAUCUAAGGUUGUCAGUUCAACAAUAGUUUCAUAUCAGUGUUUUACUGUGCGAGUGAUGUUUUUUAAAAGUUGUUUCCCCCAUCAGUUUCCUGCAGUUUUUGUCUAAAUAUUGUUGUGAACAAAGUUUUAUGUUUGUCUUACUUUCCUUACUGCUAUUAAAUAACAGCCGUCUUUGUCCACACUUACAAGCUAAUCAUAGUUUUGGUUUUGAACGAGGGCACGAACAGAUGUCUAAACAGAGACUUGACAGAAGCGGUUUCUGUAGCAUCAAAACAUUUGCCUUUGCAAAAAAACUGCAGUUUUGGAACAUCAACUGCAAUUUUCGAUAUUCGUUUGGCGGUACGUUUUUUUUGUUACAGCAUUC